AUGAAGGAAGCCGAACAACCACCAGUUGCUGGGCCGCUUCCAGGAUUUGUAUCGCACGCCCGGUCCACGAUGUCUUCCAUCGAAAGCCUUCAUCGGACCAGUACUGUCAGUUCAUCCGGCAACGUCCGCCUUCCUGCCAUAAAACAGAGAAAUCAAAGGGAUGUCGCGAGCAACCAGAACCCUUAUACAGCGAGCGAACAGAAGCGUCGGGAGACGAGAGUAAUGAUACAGCACAGGAAACGACUGCAUAUGUUCGGCAAGCCAAUAUUCGCGGAGAGCCACCAGCGGAUGCUGGAGGCGAAGCGACUGUGUGCCGAGUGGGUGGCAGUUCACCAACGCGAGCGGGGGGAAUCAUUGGCCUUUGUGGAUUACGCAAAGGAGCUGUUUUAUAACGUGGUAGUUCGUAAUCACGUGCCUCUGGUGAGCAAUGGAAAUGAUCAGUUGUGUAUACUCGCUACACGGGCGGCCGUCAGUUGUUUUUUGUUAGAGGAAGCUGUGAAAGCACUACCGCGUCAUGAAAUCCUGGAGCGCUGCAUAGGUAUGCUGCUACGCCUUGUUUACGUGCCUAACACCGAGGAAAUGCGCGAAGCACUCGGUGGUACUGUGCAGUAUCCCCUUCUCCUGCGACAACUACCGGACUAUCAAGUUGACUCCCCCAAUUGUAUGCAACUGUCUCGCUUCGCACGCAAGCCUUACUUUGUUGCUCAUCACGAAUUAACACAGCGCGUUAUCAUGUAUGCGCACAUGAAUCUAACACGGCAGGAACGCUUCCGUCGUCUUCCCCGCAUUUUCGACUUACUCAACGCUAACUGGAUCAAGUCCUUCCUGCGGACUACUCUGAAGGCCUGGCAACGUGUUUGCUUGAGGAGACGGCAGGAGGAGCAAAAGCACCGGGCCCGGUGGGCACGGCGUUUUGCGGCGGAGCGCAUUCGUUCCAUUAUACGGCAGUGGCGUGUCUACGCACAGGUUCGGGUUCACAGUGCCGUUGCAGCGGAGAGUAUUAUGGUACAAAUUAAAACAUUGUCAAUUAGCACGCGCAAUCUCAGAGCUGAGAUAGAGGCACUGACACAAGAAAGUGCUGAGCUUAGUGUGAGGUUGGAGGAAAAGGACACGGAAUAUGGUGAGCUGGAAAAAAAAAUAGCGGAGAUAGAGGGGGAAUACAAGAGGAAACUACAAUUUGUGUGUGAAAUCGAUCGUGUUGGUAGCAAAUUGCUGAGCUCGCUUGCACAGAAGGUGCCCUUUCCGGGUGGUACCGAAGCGAUGUUGCCACUAGAGGUGUUGGUGCUGUGGGCGAAUCAGACGCUCAUUGAAGGAUGGAUGGGAAGUUUGUUUGUAGACACACCCGAUGACCAGUUUGUUGAGCAGGCUGAGAGUUACGGUGCAGGUUUGGCAAGAUCGGUGCGUCUGUCGGAUAUCAGCUCGGCAGAGUUGCCCUUCACACCGCUGUUGAGAGAAACAACACUGGUGUUUUUACCGAUGCACCGAUUCCUAGCGCUCAUCAGCGCCAUGGAUCCAGCCACAGGACCGACUAUGAAAGAAAUCUCAGCUGUCUGCAAAAUGGAUGCCCAAGUGCGACCAUUCCGAAUGGAAAUGGAGGACCGGGUAGAGGAAGAUGCAGCGGCGGAUGAAAAGAGGGAUAACGUGAUCAAGCUUGAGGACGAGGUCGGUCGUAUUAUUUUGGAAGCGUACACGAACCUCACCGGAGGUCCUUGUCUAAUAUCUGCUAAGCAGUUGAUGACACGGAAGCGCGGCUUUCAGCUUGUGUUUCUUGCUGGUCUGCUGCGGUACUUCACCAACUGGGUUGACCGGACGAUGAAACCACGGCGGUCGCAUGACGAGCGGCGGGAACGCAGUGACUCUAUUCAAAACAGCGGUUCAGUGGAACGCGCGAGUCCUGUAGAGGUUAUUGCACCCUUGGUAGUUGCCGCCGCCGCCUCCGUGACGUCCUCAAUUGGAAGUAACUCCACCAUCGUUGCCGAUGAGUACGCAGGGACGCGCCACAGGGAGUAUCCGGAGUGGUUUCACCCGCCAGCGAGCCAUUUGAACUGGAUGCGAGUCGUGGAGAAUCAGCAGCUGUGGAUUGCAGCAUCGUUCAAUGCCCUACACAGCGCUCUGAACACUGCGACGGAGCAGCGACCCGUCUGUACUAUGCAGGUGCAGGAGGAAACACCUGCAUACAUGGAAAAUGUUACAAUAAGGCGGUUAUCGGACCUUCUCUCACCGGAAGUGACUGCGGAUAACUCAUUUUUUUACAGUCUCGCGCGGUGUGUGGAAAAUGCACUGCCUAAAUUGCGUGAUCUUUUCAUGCAGUACUCUUUGCUGGAAGGUGACCGAGACUACGACCGUCCGGGCACGAACAGUCUGAUGAUUUCUGACGAAAGCGAUGUGAGUACAGGUGCUAAUCUAACGGCCAGUUUUGGCAACACCCAAGCCUCCAUACAUGGUGCUGACGGGCAAUACUUUGUCUCAUCACUUGACUUUUGGAGGCUCCUGCGCGACUGCCGCGUUGUUGGCGGUCGCGGAAAGCUUCACCGCGCGGUGGUGCAUAGAAUUGUUGAAAAGGUUGCUCAUGGUUCAGCCUCCAAGAGGAAAAGCGGUCGGGCAGGUGAGAAGAGCUCAAACAUCCCUGGAACGAGGAAAACACGGUCGGGUAAAGAGCUGGCGGAAAUAGACCUGAAAAACUCCUACUAUAAGCUGCGUCUCUCGCCCCCCGAGUUUGUAGAAGCACUUCUCCGAUGUGCACAAGUGUGGGACUAUAUGCAGAGCGUACAACAUCGCGAGGAGCAGCAACUCUCCAGGAACAUGACGGUGACGAGCAGGACAUCAUCGGAGGAAGCAGAGAGUUCAUUGAGCCAAAGCGCGUUGGUGUCUGAACGCCUUACGCCAAACCCCUCGCCACCAAGGAAACUUGGCCUCGCUGACAGGAUGAACCGCAGAGAUGCAAACCUGCAGGGGGCGGUGAGUUACCCUGCCCAUGAUCCGUCAUGGCUGCUGCGUCCAGCAGCUGUGCAUCAGUUUCUUAACGAAUACAUCAUUGUUCAUGGGUUUCGUGGUCCUACACUAGACCCCUUCCAGCGCGCAAAACGCCAUUUACUCUUGAGGCAGCAGUUUGCUGAACAUGCAGAGGUUCUCUUUGCUAUAUUUUGCCACUACGCGAAACCACGAGAAGGCUACGGCAUUCGUCCCCCCGAUAAUGAGACUUCGUCACGGGGCCAAAGUUCAUCAAACGUUGCACCGUCAAGUCGUGAUGGUGGUUCUCAGGCAUGGAGAGGUGUAGGAGGGACCCCAAGGGACCGGGGAGAGGUGGGUAUUGUGCGCGUAAUGACUCUUGGAAGUCUCCAGGCCAUGACAGUAGGCUUCAGCUGGUACAGUAUCCGUCGGGUUACGCCGGAUAUUAUUGAGAGCUCCUUCCACGCUGUUGUCGCAGACCCUGAGAAUGAGCCAGGUGUGCUGUUUUAUCCGGAAUGGCUUGACUUUCUUUGUGUACUAGCGUAUUACUUCAAACCCAACCCCACCGAACCGUUACACGAGAAGAUGGGCGAGUUUCUCCGAACUCACGUAAUCAAACAUCACAAAGAUGUCUAUUAA